CUUCCAGCUUUGCAGUGUAUGGAUGACUCCAGGCCUUGUAUUAACGAGGGACGCUGCAUUCCCUAUCAGAACGGCACAGGAUACUGCAAGUGCCGGGAGGGCUUUCUGGGAGACUACUGCCAGUACAGGAACCCCUGCGAGAACAACACCUGCAAGCACGGCGGCACCUGCGAGACCACGUCCCUCAUAGGCAAGGCGACGUGCCGGUGCGCCCCCGGCUUCCGGGGAGACGAGUGCCAGUACUCGGAGGCGCACGUGUGCUUCGUGUCGCAGCCCUGCCUGCACGGAGGAACCUGCCACCCCCACGGGCAGGACACCUACGAGUGUGCCUGCGCUCCGGGCUUCACAGGAAGGGACUGCCAGUGGAUUGAUGCCUGUACAUCCCAGCCUUGUGCCAAUGGAAGCACGUGCACUGUAUCGGGAAACAAGUUCUCCUGCAUCUGUCCACCCGGCUACACUGGCCAGAAGUGUGAGAUAGAUGUGAAUGAAUGUGCUGCCUCAGUCCUGUGUCAGCACGGUGGCACCUGUGUCAACGUGCCUGGCUCGUACCGGUGCCAGUGCAAGCCAGGCUUUACGGGACACCGCUGUGAGAGCCCCUACGUGCCCUGUUCACCCUCGCCCUGCAUGAACGGAGGGACCUGCCAUCAAACCAGUGACUUUACCUUCGAGUGCAACUGCCUGCCAGGUUUCGAGGGAAGCAUCUGUGAACGCAACGUCGAUGACUGCCCGAACCACAAUUGCCAGAAUGGGGGGAUAUGUGUGGACGGCGUGAACACCUACAACUGCCGCUGCCCGCCCCAGUGGACAGGCCAGUUUUGCACGGAAGAUGUCGACGAGUGUCAGCUGCAGCCCAACGCUUGCCAGAACGGCGGGACCUGCACCAACCACAACGGAGGCUAUGCCUGCGUCUGCGUCAACGGCUGGAGCGGCGACGACUGCAGCAAGAACAUCGACGAUUGCUUCACCGCCUCCUGCGCCAACGGCUCCACCUGCAUCGAUCGAGUCGCUUCUUUCUCGUGCAUUUGUCCCGAAGGAAAAGCAGGUCUUCUGUGCCACUUGGAUGACGCCUGCGUUAGCAAUCCGUGUCAGAAGGGUGCUCUGUGUGACACCAAUCCUGUGAAUGGUCAUUAUAUCUGCACUUGUCCCCAAGGCCAUAAGGGAGCAGACUGCACUGAGGACGUGGAUGAAUGUGCAAUGGCAAACAGCAAUCCAUGCGAACAUGCUGGGAAAUGCGUAAACACGGAGGGCUCUUUCCACUGCGAGUGUUUGAAGGGUUAUACGGGACCUCGGUGCGAAAUGGACAUCAACGAGUGCCAUUCGAAUCCGUGUCAGAACGAUGCCACCUGUCUGGAUAAGAUUGGAGGAUUCACGUGUCUCUGUAUGCCAGGAUUUAAAGGUAUUCACUGUGAGGAAGAUAUUGAUGAGUGUCUGAGCAAUCCCUGUGUGAACAACGGAGUGUGUCUCAACAAAGUCAACCGCUUUCUCUGUGUCUGUCCUCCUGGGUUCAGUGGCGCCGUGUGCCAGAUCGAUAUAGACGACUGCUCCAGCACGCCGUGCCUCAACGGAGCCAAGUGCAUUGACCAUCCCAAUGGCUACGAGUGCCAGUGUGCCACAGGUUUUGCUGGCCUUUUGUGUGAGGAGAAUAUCAACAACUGCGAUCCUGAUCCUUGCCACCACGGUGAAUGCCAAGAUGGGAUUGAUUCAUACACGUGUAUAUGCAAUCCUGGCUACAUGGGAGCCAUAUGCAGCGAGCAGAUCGAUGAAUGUCACAGCAACCCCUGCCUCCACCAAGGGCGCUGCAUCGACUUGGUGAACGGCUACCAGUGCAACUGCCUGCUGGGCACUUCGGGAGUAAACUGUGAAAAUAACUUCGAUGACUGUGCAAGUAACCCCUGCGUUCACGGGGACUGCAUUGAUGGCAUUAAUCGCUACAACUGCGCUUGCAAACCUGGAUUUACAGGCCCACGGUGUAGCGUGGAUAUUGAUGAAUGCACAUCCAGCCCCUGCCACAACGGUGGAACGUGCAUCAACGAGAUCAACGCCUUUCGCUGCGUGUGCCCUGAAGGCUACCAUCACCCUCACUGCCAGUCCCAGGCAGAUGGCUGUCUGAGCAAUCCCUGUGUACAUGGCAACUGCACGCAUGUGGCUAGUGGGUACAAGUGUGUCUGUGACCCAGGCUGGAUAGGAGAUUAUUGUUCAACAGAAGGGAAUGAGUGUAAAUCAAACCCCUGCCAGAACGGAGGAACUUGUGAGGAUCUCCUGAAUGGCUAUAGGUGCACGUGUAGGAAAGGAUUCAAAGGUGUGAACUGCCAGGUGGUGGUGGCUCCUUGCUCCCCCGAUCCGUGUGAGAACUCGGGGAUCUGCCAAGAAUCCCCUGACUCUGAAGGCUACACGUGCCUCUGUGCCCCUGGCUGGGAAGGCGAGAGGUGUACAGUGGACAUUGACGAGUGUCUCUCCAAGCCCUGCAAAAAUCAUGCUCUGUGCCACAAUAUUCAAGGCAGUUACCUGUGUGAGUGUCGUCCUGGCUUCACCGGAGGAGACUGUGACAGUAACAUUGACGACUGCCUUUCCAACCCUUGCCAAAAUGGAGCUUCGUGCGUGGAUGGGAUCAACUCUUUCUCGUGCAUCUGCCUGCCGGGAUUCCAUGGAGAUAAAUGUCAGACGGACACCAACGAGUGUCUGAGCGAGCCGUGCAGGAACGGAGGCGUCUGCACCCACUACGUCAACAGCUACACCUGCAAGUGCCAGCCUGGGUUCGAGGGAACCAACUGCGAGAACAACAUUGAUGAGUGCACGGAGAGCUCCUGUUUCAACGGAGGCACCUGUGUGGAUGGCAUCAAUUCCUUCACGUGCCAGUGCCCAGUGGGGUUUACAGGAUCCUUCUGCCUAGUGGAAAUCAAUGAGUGUGAUUCACACCCUUGCUUGAACAGAGGCUCCUGUGUGGACAGCCUGGGGACGUACCGUUGUGUGUGUCCCUUGGGCUACACUGGGAAGAACUGCCAGACACUUAUGGAUCUGUGCAGCAGGUCUCCCUGUAAGAAUAAUGGCACAUGUCUCCAGAAGGCUGCCCAGACUCAAUGCCUCUGUCCCUCCGGCUGGACCGGGGCUUACUGUGACGUGCCCAAUGUCUCCUGCCAGGUGGCAGCUUCACAAAGAGGAGUCACAGUCCACCAGCUGUGCCAGCACUCGGGCCAUUGCCUCAACGUUGGAAACACGCACAGGUGCCAGUGCCGCGUGGGCUACACGGGCAGCUACUGCGAGGAGCAGCUGGAUGAAUGCGACUCCAGCCCGUGCCAGAACGGAGCUACCUGCCGGGAUCACCUGGCUGGCUACCAGUGCGAGUGUGUGGCUGGAUACCAGGGUGUCAACUGUGAAUAUGAAGUGGAUGAGUGCCAGUUUCAGCCCUGCCAGAAUGGAGGAACAUGCAUAGACCUCGUCAAUCAUUUCAAGUGCUCCUGUCCACCAGGAACUCGGGGUCGCUUGUGCGAGGAGAACAUCGAUGACUGCGUUUCGGACUCGGGAGGACCCCGCUGCUUCAACGGAGGCCAGUGCAUUGACCAGAUCGGGGGCUACAGCUGCCUGUGCCCGCCGGGCUUCGCGGGCGAGCGCUGCGAGGGGGACAUCAACGAGUGCCUCUCCAACCCCUGUAGCCCCCGGGGGAGCCUGGACUGCGUUCAGCUCGUCAAUGAUUAUAGAUGCAUCUGCCGUAGUGCUUUCAUCGGUCGCCACUGCGAGAGCGUGAUAGACGUGUGUCCCCAGAGGCCGUGCCAGAACGGAGGCACCUGUGCCGUUGCCAGCAACAUGCCCGACGGCUUCAUCUGCCAGUGUCCCCCGGGUUAUUCCGGGUCAAAAUGCGAGUUCAGCAGCCACAGUACGUGCGGGCAAGUGAAAUGCAAGAAGGGGGAGCAGUGCAUCCAGACAUCGUCCGGUCCGCGCUGCUACUGCCCCAAGCUGUCUGCGGGAGAGGAGUGCCAGACGCGCAGCGGCUGCGCCAGCGUGCCCUGCCAGAACGGAGGCAUCUGCCACCCUCGGUCCCAGCCUCCCUACUAUCACUGCCAGUGCCCCGAUCACGCCCAAGGCAGCCAGUGCGAACAGCUGGCUCAUCCCAGCCAAGAGCCCCUGGGGUGCUUGGAUUCCCACUGUGCCGAAAAAGCGAGGGAUGGCUAUUGUGAUGAAGACUGCAACACCCACGCAUGCCAGUGGGACGGGGGCGACUGCUCCUUGACCAUGGAAGAUCCGUGGGCCAACUGCUCCGCUUCGCUGCGCUGCUGGAUGCUCUUCAAUGGGCAGUGCGACGACUUCUGCAACACGCCCGAGUGCCUGUUUGACAACUUUGAAUGUCAGCAAAAUGGCAAGACGUGCAAGUACGAYAAAUACUGCGCCGACCACUACGCAGAUGGCCGCUGUGACCAGGGCUGCAACAGCGAGGAGUGUGGCUGGGACGGCCUGGACUGCGCGGGCGACAAAGCGGAGAAGCUGGCCGAGGGCACCCUCAUCAUCGUGGUGCUCAUGCCCCCCGACGAGCUGCUGGGGGACGUGCGCAGCUUCCUGCGCACCCUAGGGACCCUCCUCCACACCAACCUGAGGAUCAAGCUGGACUCCCAGGGCAACCCCAUGGUUUUCCCGUACUAUGGGGAGAAAUCGGCGGCGCGGAGUCGGCGGUCCCUCGGGAUCGUUCGCAAGCAGAGGGAGCUGGAGCAGGAGGUCAUUGGCACCAGGGUGUUCCUGGAGAUUGACAACCGUCAGUGUGCCGAGGACUCGGAGCAGUGCUUCCACAACACAGAAGCUGCUGCAGCGCUCUUGGCUGCCCAGGCCAUCAAGGGCAUGUUGCCCUAUCCCUUUGUGUCUGUGCAAAGUGAACCAUUAAUGCCACCGAAGACCCAGUUGCUCUACCUACUUGCUGUGGCAGCCUUGAUCAUCCUCUUAAUCCUGCUGCUGGGCGUGAUGAUGGCGAAGCGCAAGCGCAAGCACGGCUCGCUGUGGCUCCCGGAGGGCUUCAUCCUGCGCAGGGACCCCAGCAACCAUAAGCGCAGGGAGCCAGUCGGGGAAGAUGCAGUGGGGCUCAAGAACCUGGCAGUGCAGAUCCCAGAGGGUAACCUGGCUGACUCCGGACCCACGGAGCACUGGGCAGGUGACGGCGGACCUCAACCAAAGAGAGCAAAGGCUGAGGACCAGGCCUUGCUGCCGGAAGGUGAUGAGCAGGUGGAUCAGCGCCAGUGGACCCAACAGCACCUGGAGGCAGCAGACAUCUGUGGAAGCACGUCGCUCGCCCUGACUCCCCCUCAGGCAGACCAAGAAGUGGACGUUCUGGAUGUCAAUGUCCGAGGGCCAGAUGGAUGUACCCCGCUCAUGUUGGCAUCCCUCCGCGUGGGCAGCUCUGAUAUCAGCGAGGACGACGAGGACGCAGAGGACUCCUCAGCAAAUAUAAUAACGGAUCUGAUCUAUCAAGGCGCCAACCUGCAGGCGCAGACGGACCGUACUGGGGAGAUGGCCCUGCACUUGGCAGCCCGCUACUCCAGAGCAGACGCCGCCAAACGGCUGCUCGACGCCGGCGCAGAUGCCAACGCACGAGACAACAUGGGCCGGACGCCCCUGCACGCAGCUGUAGCUGCUGAUGCACAGGGUGUUUUUCAGAUUUUGAUCCGUAACAGAGUGACAGACUUGGAUGCCCGGAUGAAUGAUGGAACAACCCCGUUAAUUCUGGCCGCGCGGUUGGCGGUGGAAGGGAUGGUGGCCGAGCUCAUCAACUGCCAGGCAGAUGUGAACGCAGUGGAUGACCACGGUAAAUCUGCUCUUCACUGGGCAGCUGCUGUCAACAACGUGGAAGCAACACUGGUGCUGCUGAAAAAUGGAGCCAACAGAGACAUGCAGGAUAACAAGGAGGAGACUCCGCUCUUCCUCGCCGCUCGGGAAGGCAGUUUCGAAGCAGCAAAGAUCUUGCUAGACCAUUUUGCCAAUCGAGACAUCACAGACCACAUGGAUCGCCUGCCCCGGGACGUGGCCCAGGACCGGAUGCACCACGACAUAGUGCAGCUGCUGAACGAGUACAACGUAGCGCACAGCCCCGCGGGGCACCCAGGUGCCAUGCUGAACUCUGCCCUCUCCCCCGUCAUUUGUGGUCCAAACAGGUCAUUCCUCAACCUCAAGCAUGCCUCGUUGAGCAAGAAGUCACGCAAGCCGAACGCUAAGGGCAUCAUCCCCACGAACCUCACCAAAGACGCCAAGAGGAGAAGGAAGAAGUCCCUCAGCGAAAGCAAAGGGCAGUUUUCGGAGAGCUCCGUGACCUUGUCACCGGUUGAUUCCCUCGAAUCACCCCACGCCUUUGCAUCCGAACCGACAUCUUCGCCUGUGAUGCCGUCACCGGGGGUGUUACACUCAUCCCCCAGCUCGCUGCUGACCGCCCCGUCGGUGCCGGCCGCGCACACGAUGUCCUUCUCCAACCUCCACGAGAUGCAGCCCCUGGGACGCGGCUCCGGCACGGUGCUGCCGUCUGUCAGCCAGCUGCUUUCGCAGCACAGAACCACCCCUCCCAACAGCGGGCUCGGCAGGCUCCGGCCGCCCAACGCCUCCACCGAGUGGAUGAAUCGUAUGGAGAUGAAUGAAUCCCAGUACAACGAGAUGUUUGGCAUGGUGCCCCAGGUGAUGCAUCCGCACCCCAGCGUUUCUCAGCAGAGCAGCUUAGCUCAAGCAGACGCCAAACACUUGGGAGUUUCCAGGGAGUCUCUGCCCCCUAUCAUGACUUUCCAGCUGGUUCCCAAGGGUGGCAUCAACCAGCCAGCACUGCCACAGCAGGCCCAACCCAACUGCGCCCAGAACAUGGCCGGGCCUCUAAGCUCCAUGUACCAGAUCCCGGAUUUAGCUCAGCUGCCCAGCGCCUCCUUCUCCGUGGCUGCCAUCCCUCAGCAGGACGGGCAGGUGGCGCAGACCAUCCUCCCGGCCUACCACCAGUUCCAGAGCUCCAUGGGCAAGUACCCGACGCCGCCGUCGCAGCACAGCUGCUACUCCUCGGCCACGGAACGGACUCCUAGCCACAACCGGCACUUGCAAGGGGAGCACCCGUACCUGACGCCGUCGCCCGAAUCUCCAGACCAGUGGUCAAGCUCUUCGCCGCACUCGGCCUCCGACUGGUCUGAUGUGGCCACUAGUCCCAGCAACAGCCAGCGCGGGCCGGCAGCCGCUCACAUGCCCGAGCAGCAGCGGAACAACAUGCAGGUGUACGCCUGAAGGGCGGCCACGGGCAAGCCUCUCAAGUGGACUCCAGAACUCAUGAAGGUCUUCCAGAUGGAAAUGAAGAACCGUUUUAGUAUCCAAGAGUCUUAAUGAGCCCAGGCUUUUCUUUU